AUGGCGAGUGCAGAAAUCGAUCAGCCCAAUAUGCACUGCUUCCCGGCUUCUCCAUCUUACCUGUUCUAUCGCAAAAUCGGGCGCGCGUUUCUACCUCACACACUUGCCACUCUCACGGACGAAGCAACAGAACAACAGAUUAACGCUUCGAAGCUCCAACACUCAACCCUUUACCCUUCUCCUCGAGAUCUGGCGUUUGUCACACUCAGGACCAAACAUCAAACAUUAGCCUCGAGGGGUCGGCGUCAUACAUUUUUUCUGCAGGGUCCCCGAGUACCGGCCUUGCAAACUGCGAACUCAAGCUCCACUAGUAAAUCCGUUAGGCGGUCUAGGCAAACGCUAGGCCAGGCUCUUGACAAAGCUCUAUACUUCCCCGUACACGCUGUUUGA